AUGGCGGCCGCCGGAGAGCGGCGCCUCCUCGUCGGCCUCCUCCUCCUGGCCCUGGUGGUGUCGGCGCACUGCCUCGACGGGGGCCACCACGGCCCGCGCAUGAAGCGGCGCCGCAAGAAGCGCGAGAUCCACUCCCCCGUCAAGACGGUGGUGGUGGUGGUCAUGGAGAACCGCAGCUUCGACCACGUCCUCGGCUGGCUCCGCGCCGGCCGCCCCGACAUCGACGGGCUCACCGGCACGGAGUCCAACCGCCUCAACGCGUCCGACCCGGCCUCCCCGGAGAUCUUCGUCACCGACAAGGCCGGCUACGUCGACUCGGACCCCGGCCACGGCUUCGAGGACAUCCGCGAGCAGAUCUUCGGCUCCGCCGACACCUCGGCCGUCCCGCCCCCCAUGUCCGGGUUCGCGCAGAACGCGCGCGGCAUGGGCCUCGGCAUGGCCCAGAACGUCAUGAGCGGCUUCGCGCCCGACUCGGUCCCCGUCUACGCCGCCCUCGCCGACGAGUUCGCCGUCUUUGACCGCUGGUUCGCCUCCGUGCCCACCUCCACCCAGCCCAACCGCCUCUUCGUCCACUCCGCCACCUCCCACGGCCUCACCUUCAACGCCCGCAAGGACCUCAUCAACGGCUUCCCGCAGAAGACCAUCUUCGACAGCCUCGAGGAGGACGGCCUCUCCUUCGGCAUCUACUACCAGAACAUCCCGGCCACGCUCUUCUACCAGAGCCUCCGCCGCCUCAAGCACCUCGUCAAGUUCCACCAGUACAGCCUCAAGUUCAAGCUCGACGCCUCGCGGGGCAAGCUGCCCAACUACGUCGUCAUUGAGCAGAGGUACUUCGAUUGCAAGGAGUUCCCUGCCAACGACGACCACCCGUCGCACGACGUCGCCAGGGGCCAGAGGUUUGUUAAGGAGGUCUAUGAGACGCUGCGAGCCAGCCCGCAGUGGAACGAGACGGCUCUCAUCAUCACCUAUGAUGAGCAUGGUGGCUUCUAUGACCAUGUCCCCACGCCCGUCGUCGGGGUGCCCCAGCCCGACGGGAUUGUUGGUCCUGACCCUUACUACUUCAAAUUCGACCGACUUGGGGUGCGCGUGCCCAGCUUCCUCAUCUCCCCCUGGAUUGAGAAGGGCACUGCGAUCCAUGAACCAAAUGGUCCAUUUGAAAACUCACGAUAUGAGCAUUCAUCCAUUCCUGCAACCGUAAAGAAGCUAUUUAAUUUACGUGCUAACUACCUGACAAAGAGGGAUGCAUGGGCCGGGACCUUUGAGAACUACCUCAAAGUUCGAAAGACGCCAAGAACUGACUGUCCAGAGAAACUCCCAGAGGUUACAAAGUCUCUGCGACCAUUUGGUGCUAAUGAAGAUAAAUCUCUAUCUGAGUUUCAAGUGGAGUUGAUUCAACUCGCCUCUCAGCUCAACGGUGACCAUGUACUCAACAGCUAUCCGGAUAUUGGCAAGACAAUGAGUGUAGGAGAAGCAAACCGUUACGCAGAGGAUGCUGUCUCCAGAUUCCUGGAAGCCGGAAGAAGUGCUCUUAGGGCAGGCGCAAAUGAAUCUGCUCUGGUGACAAUGAGGCCCGCACUUACCAGCAGAGCCGCAAUGUCCACUGGCUUGUCAUCACAUGGCUUUUGUACAUAUAUACCAUGA